CGCCCCGCCCCGCGCCCCUCCCAGUGCUGAGUCCUCCGCCCGCCCGGGACCGGGCCGCGCCUACCGCCGGGUCCGCGGGGCGGGGUCCCAGGGCAGCACCUGCCCCGCCUUUCAGAGCCUCCUUGGCCACCGGAGACCCCUCCCUGUAUGGACCCCAGCCCCACCCCUGAGUCUUAUCACAUCACCUCCUCCUGGGAGCUACCCUGAUUACCUUCACCUCCUUCCUUGAAAACUGGUGUCCCAGAAGAAGUUAACAGAAGCCUCCUGUCAAUGCCCUAGGGGAGUGCUGCUGGGAGGGGCACAGCCCCCUGUGAUGAGGAACACCACGCGCAGAAUCAUCAGUUUGGCACUUUCACAGGCACCGAUUUAAUCCCUAGGACAAUCCUAUGAGAGUUGCCUGAGGCUCUGCCGCCCCUGGGACCAUGUUUAACGGGGAGCCAGAUCCAGCCUCGGCUGCAGGCCCCAGGAAUGUGGUUCGGAGCUCCAGCAUCAGCAGUGAAAUCUGCGGAUCUCAGCAGGCCGGGCCCGGGACUGGGACCACCACUGCUAAGAAGCGGCGUAGCAGCCUCGGCGCCAAGAUGGUGGCCAUUGUGGGCCUGACCCAGUGGAGCAAGAGCACACUCCAGCUCCCCCAGCCUGAAGGGACCACCAAGAAGCUGCGCAGCAACAUCCGGAGGAGCACGGAGACAGGCAUCGCCGUGGAGAUGCGGAGUCGGGUCACGCGCCAGGGCAGCCGGGAGUCCACCGAUGGGAGCACCAACAGCAACAGCUCCGAGGGCACGUUCAUCUUCCCCACCACCCGGCUGGGGGCCGAAAGCCAGUUCAGCGAUUUCCUGGAUGGGCUGGGACCAGCCCAGAUUGUGGGGCGACAGACGCUGGCAACUCCACCAAUGGGGGAUGUGCACGUUGCCAUCAUGGACCGGAGUGGCCAGCUGGAAGUGGAAGUGAUCGAGGCUCGGGGCCUGACCCCCAAACCUGGCUCCAAAUCUCUCCCAGCCACCUAUAUCAAGGUUUACCUGCUUGAGAAUGGGGCCUGCUUGGCCAAGAAGAAGACAAAGGUGGCCAAGAAGACCUGUGACCCCCUGUACCAGCAGGCUCUGCUCUUCGACGAGGGGCCCCAGGGCAAGGUGCUGCAGGUGAUCGUCUGGGGAGACUACGGCCGCAUGGACCACAAGUGCUUCAUGGGCAUGGCCCAGAUCAUGCUGGAUGAGCUGGACCUGAGUGCCGCCGUCACCGGCUGGUACAAACUCUUCCCCACAUCCUCCGUGGCAGACUCGACCCUCGGAUCCCUCACCCGGCGCCUGUCCCAGUCCUCCCUGGAGAGUGCCACCAGCCCCUCGUGCACCUAAGGACCUCAGGAAGAGGCUGGAUGUGGUGUGGGAAGGGGUGCCUGCUGGCCCCCCUCCUCCCCUGUACAUAGUCUUCACGUCUUUCUGGCCCCUCGCCCUGCUGCAUGCCUGUUGGCUACUGGGCUCGUCCCAGCUGGCGGUGGAGAGUGUAGUGUGUGUGUGUGUGUGUGUGUGUGUGUGUGUGUGUGACUAUGUUAUAUCUGUUCAUUUGUCUGGGUAUAGUCAGUCUUGGUGACUACAUGGGCCAAAAUCCAUGUCCUUCUGUGUCUUGUUAAAAAGAAACCCAAAUGAGUGUUGUGUAAACACAACGUCCCCUCGGUCCAGGGAUGGAAUGGGGGGUGGCCAUUGGUCCAUCCUGCCUGGUCCUGUGCCCGGGGCAGAGCCCGAGUGUCCUGCCUGUUCCUUCUCUUGGUGGUCCCUGCUGAGUUUCCUGUCUCGUUCUUUGUUCCACCUUUGCCUCUCCCAGCACUGCUACCCUUUUUGAGGAAUGUAGCAUCCACUGCAGCUGGCCACGCGAGGCCCCUCUGGGAACCCUGACCGCCCUCCUCCGGCAGCUUUGCCCGCUGAAUGCGUCUGCAGCAUGUAGCAUGCUCGGCUAGUGCCCUGGCCAGGGCCCGGGAAGCAAAGAUGCCUGGGGAGCUGAGGGCUUGGAGAUUGCUUCCUUCCUCAGGCUGGAGCCGCCUCCUUCCUACAAGCAAAACACGGGAGGUCUUAGUUUCCAGGGUUGCUGGCCAGACACCCUAGGGGGAUGUUCCAGUACCUCCCUUAGCACUGCUCUUCACCUCCUGUCUCCCUCCAGGCCACCGCACCUCUGACAUGCCAAAGGAGCCCUCCCAGGGGACCCCAGCAGGUGUGGACGGGAGGUGUGGCCAUCCAGGAGGCUGCCUCAGAGGAGAUGUAAUCCGCCAAAGCAGACAGUCCCUGGAGGCACCUGUGUCCUCCCCAGGCUCAUCCUGGUGGGGCCUGGCCUGUGAGGAGGUGCUGAGGGUGGGGCUGUUUGCUGGGUCAAGGAGGGCAGGGCUGACGUGCUCUGAGCCACCGUUGAGAAUCCUGUCUGGGGAUUAGCUGCCUGCAGUUCAUUUGGGGCUCUCUUCUGCUUGUUUCUAGACCAGGGUGCGUCUGGGAGCUCAGACUCAUGUGGGCUCCAGCCUCCUGGCCCCACACAGCCUGGCUCUGGACGCUGGUCUGCCACAGCCACCAGCUCUGUACAAAGCAAUACUCAUGCUCGGCCUCCCUGCCUCCCUGAGCUCUCCUGCUGCCCGCUGCCCGCUGCCCGCUGGAGAGCGGCCUGGCCUGCUCCAGGCACCUACCCGCUCUGCUUUCAUCCCACCCAUCUGGCUGGAGCUUCCCAAAGCCGCUCACACUCUGACUUGGUCUGCAGGCUGGGUCCUGAGGGUGGGACCAGUGCGUGGACUGAAGUC